AAAAUGGGGAAAGAAUCGUUUUAUUUUUCUAGCAAUAUUUAAUCUGUAUUUUGAAACCUUGUACUCAUAUCAAUUGUAUGCAUGUAGUUGAAGAGAGGCAGAAAUGAGAGAAUCGGGUGGGAUGUCGUGCGUUGAUUGCAGGAAACGAGAAGGAAGAGAGGACUCUGCGAUGUGGUUGAUUACGAAACUGUGGACCAAUGAAAUUACUGAGAACUUGGAUUUAUCUAUCCUGGCCAACUAUGACUGGCUGUGCCACAGAAGUCAAGGUCAGUCAGUUCUGGAUUGGGAACUAUAAAACGUGAAGACGGGUUUUUAGUUUAUUUUGUGUUUUGGAGACGUUGAGUAUAACAGAAUGGAAACCCUAAACACAGAAGUGCCUUCUCCCAAAAUUCCCCAAAUCAUGACACUUGACGAACUAAUACAAGAGUUGCACAGAAUUUUUGAGUCAAACUCUGUAAAUGUAGAGUAUGUACGUGACGUCAUGGUUGCGUAUAAAAGUAAUCCAAAAGAAUGGAAACAAUAUGCAAAGUUUGACAGGCACAGGUACACUCGUAACUUGGUUGACGAAGGCAAUGGAAAGUUUAACCUGAUGGUUCUAGCUUGGUCAGAAGGUCAAGGAAGCAGCAUACACGACCACUCCAACUGCCACUGUUUUAUGAAGCAACUUUCUGGUUGUUUGACUGAGGUUCGCUACGACUGGCCUUCAGAGAACGAACAAAUGCAGCCAAUAGGAGAGACAGAUUUGAAGGCGAACGAGGUUGCUUACAUAAAUGACUCCCUUGGUCUUCAUCGUGUGGAAAAUAGAAGUCAUACUGAAGCAGCAGUUAGCUUACAUCUGUACUGUCCACCAUUUGAUAGUUGUCGAAUGUUUGACCAAAGAACAGGUCAUCAGACGGUCAGCAAAGUGACGUUUUGGAGCAAGUAUGGAGAAAAGACUCCUUACUUCCAGAACAUCACCAUGACAACAACCAACAGCAGUGAUAAAAUUACAGUAUACGAGAACAACUAAACAGUUGAUGGGAAAAGAAUAAAUAUAUAUGGUGCAACAACCAACCAGUUGAUGGAAAAAGAAUAUAUAUCUAAAUAUACAACAGCUAAACAGUUGAUGGUGUGGGGAUGAUUAAUUACACGGAUAAUCUUAAGAAUUUAUUGAGCCUAAUUUGUAGGAUGUAUAUAGCUAUUUUACUUUAAAUUACAUUUUCCAUGAAAGAAAAAAAAAUGCAUUAUUUAAUCUAAUUUGUUGCUUCAAACCUGGAAGUUUUAUUGUACAUGAUGUUUUCAUUUCUAUGUAAGGUGAUCUAUCAGCUACAUAAAUGAAUGCCCACUUUGCAGCUUGCAAUAAAU